CGCUGCUGCCACGUUAUACGUGACGUAGCAGGAGGCGUAAGCCGGUGGGAGGUGUCACAGCCAAGCGCUGUAAGACAGGAACCACACGGCCGCUGAUGUUAAUGCUCAUAACAGCUACGGGAGUCUUUGAGAGAGAGUUAAUCCAAGUCAUUAUCCAUCAUGGACCCAAACACCAGCGGACUCGCGCAGAAGUUGGCUGAAGCAGGCCAGUCUCACCUCCUGCAGUUCUGGAAUGAGCUGAGCCCUGAAGACCAACGGGACCUCAUCCAGGAGCUUCAGGGGAUAGACUUCCAGGAGAUCGACGGAUUCUUCAAGAACGCCAUGGAGACGUCCAGCAGCACCAGGCACGAGAAGAUGGACGGUCGCAUGGAGCCGGUGCCCCGGGAGGUAAUCGGGAGUGUGACGAGGGACAGGGAGCGUCUGAAAGAAUGGGAGGUAAAAGGUUUGGACUGCAUCUCUCAAAGUAAAGUGGCUGUCUUGCUGUUGGCGGGGGGCCAGGGAACCAGACUCGGGGUCUCUUACCCCAAAGGCAUGUACGACGUCGGGCUGCCAUCCCACAAAACUCUCUUUCAGAUCCAAGCAGAGCGCAUUUUGAAGCUGCAGCAGCUGGCGGAGCAACAGACUACAGUUAAGGGCUCUAUUCCCUGGUACAUCAUGACCAGUGGCAGGACAAUGGAUUCCACCAAGGACUUCUUCUCACAGCAUAGGUACUUUGGUUUGGACAAGAACAAUGUUGUCUUCUUCCAGCAGGGCAUGCUGCCAGCGAUGGACUACACGGGCAAGAUCAUCCUGGAGAGCAAAGGGAAGCUCUCCAUGGCCCCUGAUGGAAACGGGGGUCUUUACAGAGCUCUUGGAAACCAGGGUAUCCUGGAAGACAUGCAGCGGAGGGGAAUCGAGUUUAUUCACGUGUACUGUGUCGACAACAUCCUGGUCAAAGUGGCCGAUCCCACGUUUGUUGGGUUUUGUGUGCAGAAGAAAGCGGACUGUGGAGCUAAGGUGGUGGAGAAAACCAAUCCGACUGAGGCAGUGGGUGUAGUCUGUAAGGUGGACGGGCAUUAUCAGGUGGUGGAGUACAGCGAGAUCACCCUAGCAACUGCUGAGAAGCGCAGCUCGGACGGCCGCCUGAUGUUCAAUGCAGGAAAUGUGGCCAACCACUUCUUCAGCUUCUCUUUCCUGCGAGACGUCGUACAGAAAUAUGAGCCAAAGCUGCAGCAUCAUGUAGCCCAGAAGAAGAUCCCAUACGUGGAUGUUCAAGGUCAGCUCGUCAAGCCAGAGAAACCAAAUGGGAUUAAAAUGGAAAAGUUUGUCUUCGACAUCUUCCAGUUUGCAAAGACUUUUGUCGUGUACGAGGUCCUGCGAGAGGACGAGUUCUCCCCGCUGAAGAAUGCGGACACCCAGGAUGGGAAGGACACGCCCACCACCGCCAGACACGCCCUCAUGUCCCUCCAUCACCGCUGGGUGCUCAACGCCGGGGGCUACUUCAUCGACGAGAAUGGCAGACGUGUGCCCGCCAUUCCCAGAGACGGAGCAGCAGGCAGUGUCACAGAUGAUGGCAACAAAAACCUCAAGGAUGGAACAGACCUACCAAUCAAAUGUGAGAUCUCUCCGCUGGUGUCCUAUGGGGGGGAGGGUCUUGAGGUGUUGGUGAAGGGACGAGAGUUUCAGGCGACCCUGAUGAUCGACGAGCGCGGAAUCCACGAACUGGUGAAGAACGGAGUUUAAUCAACCAGGACAGAUGCAGGAGAACAACCCUAAGACCAUCUCAUCGCUUUUUGUUUUCCAGUCAGGGAUUGUGGAGAGAAACUGUGAUGUCACUGCCGUGCAAUCACAAACGUCUCCCUCAAAAGUUAAUGAAACGUACUGUAAACGUACUGUCUGAAGUGAAUGAGCCUAAAGAAGUACCCAGUUUAGCACAGUUUCUUUGUUUGUAUGCUGAUGCCAAACCUUGUUUUUAUUUCAUAGAGCACUUGAACACAUGGUGAAAAUUUAAAAUGAAAUCAUUACUGACUGGAUUAUGCAUUCAGCAAGUGCGUCUAUUUAUUUUGCUUAUGAGACUUAUUUUUAUAUGUCCUGAAGGAUGCUGUUUAGAUGGAGUUUACCAUCUAUUUAACUUGUAAUUUUUAUAAAAAAAUAGACUGUGAUGAUGUAAUUAGUACAUGUUAUCAGGGUACAUGGAUCAGGAUGUGGGGGGUAUUUAUAUCUGCUUCUUUUGGUUAUGUAAUCAAUACAGAUAGGAUUGAUACAGCGGUUUCUAUCAUCUUUUACUAAAUAAAUUUCCUAAGUGGAAACCAA